GGCACCUGGGCCCCGCCGGCGGGAGCCGCCGCGCCUCGCCGCCAUGGCCGCGCUCCUGGGCCCCGUGUUGUUCAUUUACUUCACAUGUAUAUCUACUGUCCAGACUACUGACUGUCUGCACUUGAGGGAGCAAUGUAUUAAUGCUGGAAAUGGAUGUGAGAGUGUCUGGAAUGUGGUUGAAGAUGCCUGCAAUAUUUCAGGUAAUAGAUGCAAGGCAGAAGACACUGCUGGAUGUAAUAGAAUAAUCCAGGUCCUGGCUGAAAAAUACCCAGAAUUUAAAAACUGUGUCUGCACUACAGAUAAUAUCUGUAGCAUCACAACUUUGCUUGGGAAAUGGUGCAGCAUUAGUAAAGACUAUUUGGAGUCUUUCUCGAGGUCAGACACUGAACUGAGUGUUUGGCAUCACAGAAACCCUGAAGACCAAAGAAGCUUUGAGGAGCUGGAGAGCGACUGCAGCAGCGCAGAGCAGCGCUGUAGAGCGGAGCCUCGCUGCUCUGCCGCGUACAGGAGCUUCCAGCGUGUGUGCCAGGCAGCUGCAGACACCUGCAGCUUCCCCGUGCCUGGAAAGUGUUUGUUAGCCUGGAAAGAACUGAGGAAAACAGUUCUGGGAAAGUGCACGUGCUCAGAGCCGCUUCAGACGAGAUGCGUUAAAAUCUGGAAGGGAAUAUUUAACAACCCGUGUUUACAAUACUCUCAGGAAAGCCAAGCCUCAGGAGCUAGUGAAAGUGAUGGCAGUGAUGAUGACUAUAAUGCUGAUGUUGAUGGUGAGAAAAAUCUGGUCACUGACACAGACAAUAUUAGUAUGGAAACAAAAUUGCAAUGGGGUUUAUCUGCUCUCUCCAAACAAGUGUACACAACAAACAGAAGCUGUUUGGAUGUGAACAGGGAGUGCAUUGAAGAUGAAGUGUGUAACAAACAGUUGUCCCUAUACCUUAAAGUUUGCUCAGUAAAUAAGAAAUGCAAUGUGGAAGGAUGUCAAGCAGCCAUAAGGUUCUUCUAUCGAAAUAUGCCUUUUGAAGUUGCCCAAAUGAUGAUAUUUUGUGACUGCAUCCAGCAUGAUGAAUCCUGCCACAGAGCCAAAGAACUUCUCCAUGGCAAGCCCUGUGCAGUUACUGUAGUUCCACCCCCAUCAUGUCUGAAUGUAAUCCGCAUGUGUGAAGAGAAUGAGUCAUGCAGGAAAAAAUACACAACUUUUCGGUCAAAGUGUUGGAGACAUGUGACAAAAAAAUGCUAUAAUGAUGAAGCUUGUCUUGAAACUUUAAUCAGGGAUGACAUGCCCUGUUCUGCCAACGCUGAUUGCAAAGAAGCCUACAUCAGCAACUGGGGCACGAUGCUGCACAUGGAGUGCACCUGCCAGAAUUUGCCUCCUGUGGAGCAGCCUUUGUGUGAGCUCUUCCAUCACAUGCUGCACAGCAAAUCCUGCUUCAGUGACUUACGUCAAAUUUCUAUUCGGAAGAAAGGUUUUCACUGGGUAAAUACAGAAAUGGCAGGGGAAAGGAUUUCUGGAGCACAGCUCCAUUCUUCUGCAAUUAAUGGUGAAACUGUCUACAUUAUUGCUUACUCCUCUUGUAUAGCUCUCAUCCUAGGAAUAGUCCUGUUGACUCUCCUAAAGAUCAGGCAAGACCCGAAGUGCCUAAUUGUCCCCUUGCACUGUCCUGGGAGUCAUGGUCCCUAAACACCAUUCUGGAUCCCACUUUGUGACUAUGAGCUCUGGAUUUCUCUCUAUAGCUGAGUUGUUUUGCUAGUUUUAAGCUUCUGUUUACUACCAGUGAGUUGUCUUUGUUAAAUCUUUGUAACAAUCUGGUUCUGAUGAGCACAGAGUAAUGGACUGCCAUUUCUUAUUCAAUUGUUACCACAAAUAGCUCAUGUAUUGUCUUGUUAUAAUAGCAUCUGAUUAAUUAACUUUAUUUUGAAUGUGAUUAGUUUUAAUUUUGUUUGAAUUAUCACUAAAUGUAACUCACCUCCAGUUUUGACCAUGAGAUGACUGAUCUAGGAACACAUCUAGUGCUAGAUGACAGAUGCAGGACUAGAAAUAAAUGUGAUCAGAAAAGCAAGAAUCUCUGCACUUCAGUGUGACUCUUGCUUCUGGCUUUGGUAGCUCACAAAAUUAUUAUUGUAGAGCAAAAUGUUAAGUGUGCAGUUGUGUUGGGGAGAGGCUUAGAAAUCUUGAACAACUAUUACAACAUGGAUUUUCUUUGUCUUUAUUAUCUGCAUAAACCAAAGAAAGUCCUUUUUGUUUUGCAAUCAAAUGUUCUGUCCUUACUAAAUCAGCAUUCGGACAGAAAUAUAGAAACAUAAAAGUGAGGUUAGUUUUUUAUUCAAAAAUAUCUCCUUUAGCAAUCCAACAAUUUUUACAGUAUCUGGCUUAACUCUCACCAAAGUGGUAUUCAUAUUCUGAAUUUUAAAACUUUGAAGUGGGAAGUCUUAAAACUGAAAAUACUGUUGAGAAUAUGUUGGAUAAAAACAUUUAAUUAUACAGGAAAUAUACUUCUGACAUGAAACCUGUGCUGGUUUUCAGUCUGACUUCAAAAACCAGUGAACCCUCUGCAUCAAAAAAUUUGAAGAGAUCCAUUUAAAUUCAGAUUUAACUAAACCUUGAUUGACAACAACAAUAAAAAUUACCUUCUGUCUAGGAAACUUUUUGUUUUCUAAUUAUCUUAUAUCUAGACACUAGAAACCCAUCUCAUAUAUGUUCUUAGACACACACAUGCUCACAAACAAGUAUGUAAAAUGUGUUUGAAACUGAAGGUAUGUUACUCUGAGAGGCAGCAAGAUAUUUAGUGGCUAUUGUGUUCUGCAAUUUUACAGGCUCUCUCUUAAGAGAUGACUAAAAUGCUUAAUGGGAAAAGUACAUUCCCCCCACUCUAUGUGUAAAAUUAGUCUGUCUGUAUCUGGGUGUUAGUUAUUAAAUAAAGAAAUUUCUGCUGGGAU